AGCAAUGUUCUUUGGAAUAAACCCAAUAUUAAAUGAGGAAGAAAGGUAGAAACGGCUGCAUUACUGAGCUGCAUUUUUAUGUUUUUGGAUUUAUAGAAUUGUAUCUAAAUCAGCUACUAAUCCGGCCCAAAGUUUCUGCAAUAUUAAGAAUCCAGACUCCAUUGAAGCAACUCACAUGAAUAAGCAUUUCAACUCUCACAAUCAUGGCGGCGUCGUUAUGGCUCUCUCGCGUCUCACGUAGUGGUACCACUAGGAGAUUCCUCAGAGCCUCCUCAUCCUCAAUCUCUCUCUUUUCUGUCUCGUCUUCUCAUAAUUAUCUUGCCACCUCUAACCAUACCCCUACCCCUCGCCUCUUUACUGGUCCUAAUCAGAGCCAUGGCCGGGAAUGGAUCUCCGAGUUCAGACUCGGUUACGUCAGCCACAUUUCUACCACCGCUAAAAGCAACGAGAAUCGGAGCCGCGAUGCCAAGGUAGUAGAUGUGUCUUGGAUUGACUUGUAUUUGCCCACGCAGAUUCGUCCGUACGUUCGGCUUGCUCGGCUUGAUAAGCCCAUUGGGACAUGGUUGCUCGCUUGGCCUUGUAUGUGGUCAAUUGGUUUGGCAGCAAACCCAGGAAACCUUCCUGAUAUCAAGAUGAUGACAUUAUUUGGAUGUGGGGCUUUGCUUCUGCGGGGUGCUGGAUGUACCAUUAACGAUCUUCUUGAUCGAGAUAUUGAUUCAAUGGUAGAACGUACAAAGUUGAGGCCAGUUGCAAGCGGUAUUAUCACACCUUUUAAGGGAAUUUGUUUUCUUGGGUUUCAAUUACUUUUGGGUCUUGGCAUUCUUCUUCAACUGAAUAAUUACAGUCGCAUAUUGGGGGCUUCAUCUUUGCUGCUAGUCUUUUCCUAUCCCCUUAUGAAGAGGCUGACAUUUUGGCCUCAAGCCUAUCUAGGUUUAACUUUUAAUUGGGGAGCUUUAUUAGGAUGGGCUGCUGUUAAAGGAGACAUUGAUCCAGCUAUAGUGUUCCCCUUGUAUGCCUCUGGAGUAUUUUGGACUCUAGUCUAUGACACGAUAUAUGCGCAUCAGGACAAAGAGGAUGAUGUGAGAGUUGGUAUUAAAUCUACGGCUUUGAGAUUUGGGGAUUCAACUAAGCAGUGGAAUAUGGGGUUCGGAGUUGCGUGCAUUAGCAGUCUUGCCCUUAGUGGAUAUAAUGCUGAAAUUGGGUGGCCAUAUUAUGCAUCUUUGGCUGCUGCAUCUGGACAAUUAGCUUGGCAGAUAUGGACCGUUGACCUUUCAUCCCGAGAUGAUUGCAAUAAAAAAUUUGUGUCCAACAAGUGGUUUGGUGCUAUUAUUUUUAGUGGAAUUGUAUUAGGACGACUAUCGUCUUGAAAGUGAAGAAAGUUUCCAUAGUAAAUAAUACAGUAUUGUGAUCGUAAGAUUGAAUAUACCUAUACAGUACACAUAAGUUUAUUUAUUAUGCAGCUUCUAAAGAUAUGUCAUUACUUUUACUACAGCAUUGGAGUAUUCGUUAAGAUCAUACAUCAAUUUUUAGUGUAGAGAGAGAUUGUUGUCGAUGUAAAAGUAGCAUAGAUUAGUUUUUUGCAGGCAUUGGUGGCCCAAACUAUAGAACAUGGUUAUAAUUUUUUGUUCAAAUGACAUUGUUUUAAAAUUCCUUUUUUCUGUUAAAUGCAGAUCAAAGGUUAAUAAGGA